AUGUCACUCGACCAUUUUCGUCCACCGGCUAAGAAGUUAAAAACGAUAGAGUCAUUUUUCAAGUCUAAAAGGGGUGAUAAAUCAAGUGAGCUGCUUCCUUCUACUGACAAUGUUGGCAUGCCUACAUCAUCACACCAUGAACAUGGUACUUCUCAGCAGCAAAAGAAUCCAUCAUAUGCUCAACCAACUAUAUCUAGUAAAGCCAAAGAAGUUGUAGUUCAAAGAAAUGGAGGUACUUAUGAGCGUGAUCCAGGUUUGCGGUGCCAAAUUUAUGAAUAUCCAGUGAAUCAACGUGAUGAGGUACGUCGAUCUUAUUUAAGACAGGGACCUUUCAAACCUAGAUUAUCCAAAUAUCCUCCUACUUGGGAUGGAAGACAAGAUCGUUAUUUUCAAUAUAGUUGGCUGAGACAACAUUCAUGGCUAGAGUACUCUAUCGAAAAGAACAAAGCGUAUUGCUUCCCUUGCUUUAUUUUUGAAACGGAUCCACCUAAGCGGCCUGCAUUUACAAUAGAAGGUUUCUCAGAUUUCAAGCAUAUUGGUUCUAAUAAGACGGUAUCUACAUGUUCAUUUGUUCAACAUGUUGGACAUAUCAAAUCUUCUCACAUGGUAGUUGUGGAAGCUUGUGAAAAUAUUCGGAGGCCAUCUCGCCAUAUUGAUAGCGUUUUUCGUAAACAAAGUAAGGAGCUUAUAGCAAAGAACAGGCUACGACUAAAGGUAGCAAUUGAGACAGUUAGAGUGCUUGGUCUUCAUGCAUGUCCUUUUAGAGGUAACGAUGAGUCAUUAGAGUCAACAAAUCGUGGUAAGUUUAUUGGUUUGAUGAAAUAUGCAACCAUAUUGAAUGACAAGAUUGUUGAAGUUGUCUUAGGAAAUGCACCUGGAAAGGCAAUGUAUACUUCACCGAAGAUUCAAAAGGAAAUUAUACAUAUUCUCGCUAACAAGGUAAAGGAUACUAUUCGUGCAGAAAUCGGAGAUGCUAAAUUUUGUAUUCUUGUAGAUGAAGCACAAGAUUCAUCAGUUCAAGAGAAAAUGGCUAUUGUUCUGAGGUUUGUUGAUACUAAUGGUUGCAUUAGAGAGCGGUUUUUUGCAGUCAGAAGUGUUGAGGACACCACGUCAUUAACUUUAAAGAGGGAGAUUUCCGAAUCUCUUGCUUCACAUGGUCUUUUAGUAGAAAAUAUUCGGGGUCAGGGGUAUGAUGGUGCUAGUAAUAUGAGAGGAGCAUGGAAUGGGUUGCAGGCAUUGUUUCUUAGAGAUUGUCCAUAUGCUUAUUAUGUCCAUUGCUGUGCUCACAGGUUACAACUAGCAUUAGUAGAAGCAGCUACAGAUGAGCAAGAUGUUUAUCUGUUUUUUGAGAAGUUAAAGGUUAUUGUCAAGCUUGUUGGGGCUUCUCCUAAGCGUCACAGUCAAUUGAAAUCUGCAGCAGUAUUAGAGGUCGCCACAAAAUUAGCUGAUGGUGAACUUGAGACUGGUUCGGGAGCCAAUCAAACUCGUACUUUGAAACGGGCAGCAGAUACUCGUUGGAGCUCACAUUUUGGUUCUGUAUUCAGUUUGAUCCGUAUGUAUAAUCCAGCUUGCAUAGUCCUUCAAAAUGUUAUGAAAAAUGGAAACACCUCUAAGAUAAGGGGGAUGGCGGAAGGUGCUUAUCUUGCAAUUAGGUCUUUUGAGUUUGUUUUUAUCUUACACUUGGUGGGAAGUGUUAUGGCGGCAACAGAAGUGUUAUGUCAAGCUCUGCAAAAGAAAACACAAGACAUUGUUAAUGCCAUGAAUCUGGUCAAGUCCACAAAAGUGCUUCUUCAAGAAUUGAGAGACAAAAAUUGGGUUAAUUUUUUUGGAAAUGUUAAAAGUUUUUGUGAUGAACAUGACAUUGUCCUUCCUGAAUUUUCAGAUCGAUAUAUGAUGGGUACGGGUCGUUCUUGUCAGCAGAAAGACCAUAUAACUAUUGAACAUCAUUACCGCGUUGAUAUAUUUAAUGCUGUCAUUGAUUUUCACCUAUUGGAGCUAAGCAAUCGAUUCACAGAGGAAUCAAUGGAGCUACUUGUGCUUUGUUCAGCUUUCAGUCCGGAUGAAAAUUAUAAAGCUUUUGACAUUGAUUCACUUUGCAGUCUCGCAGAAAGGUUUUACCCUGAUGAUUUCACGGGGCAAGAGGUAUGUGUUUUAAGAAGCCAACUACAACAUUACAAGUUAGACAUUGCCGACAAUCCAGAUUUUGGAAACAUGACUACUGUGGCUGAAUUAUGUCAGCGAUUGGUUGAAACUGGUAAGUCAAAUGCCUAUGAUUUGAUAGAUAGAUUAAUUCGCCUUGUCUUGACUCUUCCCGUUUCAACAGCUAGUGCAGAAAGGGUAUUUUCAUGUAUGAAUAUUGUGAAAACGGUACCUCGUAACAAGAUGGGUAAUGAGUUUCUUGGAGAUUGUAUGAUAGUCCAUGCUGAAAGACAAAUUGCUGAAAAAGUGUCAUGUGACUCUAUCAUAGAUGACUUUGCUUCAUUGAGACCACGAAAGGUCCAAUUCAGUUAG